GAAGUCAUGGAGGAGAAUCGUGGGAUCAUGGACUCGCUUGGUGGUGAUGAAUUGGAAAUUAGGAACAAGAGAGAACAGGACAAAAUCCACACAGUGAAAAAACCAUAUCAAUAUUUGGAGAGCAGAGAGAGUUUCAGGCAGAGCUCCCAUUCCUCUUCCCAUCAGAGAAAUCCCAUUGGACAGAAACCCUAUCAGUGCUUGGAAUGUGGGAGGAGCUUCAGCCGGAACUCCAAUCUCACCUCCCAUCAAAUAAUUCAUACAGGGGAGAAAGCAUAUCAGUGCUUGGAAUGUGGAAAGAGAUUCACCCAUAAGAAAAAUCUCACUUGCCAUCAAAGAAUUCAUACUGGGGAGAAUCCAUACCAGUGCUUGGAAUGUGGGAAGAGCUUCAUUCGGAGAGAAAGUCUGACAUCCCAUCAAAGAAAUCCCCAUCAAAGAAUUCAUACUGGAGAAAAACCCUAUCAGUGCUUGGAAUGUGGAAAGAGCUUCAGUCGGAAAGAUAGUCUCAAUUCCCACAGAAGAAUUCAUAGUGGGGAGGAGCCAUAUCAGUGCAUGGAAUGUGGAAAAAGCUUCACCUGGAAGGAAAGUCUCAAUUCCCACCAAAGACUUCAUAGUGGGGAGGAACCAUUUAAAUGCUUGGAAUGUGGAAACAGCUUCAGUUGUAAGAGAAAUCUCACUUUCCAUCAAACAAUUCAUACAGGAGAGAAACCAUAUCAGUGCUUGGAAUGUGGGAACACCUUCACCCAGAAGUUAAGUCUCAUUUCCCACCAUCUAAUUCAUACAGGGGAGAGACCGUAUCAGUGCUUGGAGUGUGGGAAAAGUUUCAAUAAGAGGGGCAAUCUCACAGCUCAUCAAAGAAUUCAUACAAGGGGGAAACCAUAGCAGUGCUUGGAAUAUGGCAAGAGCUUCAGUAAGCCCCAGUCUCACUGCCCAUCAAAGAACUCAUAGUGCAGAGAAACCAUCUGUCAGGAGACUUCAGUAUGUGGAUGAGGAUUGCAAUGGAGUAGACCCCCAGUGCCCAAUAUUUCUUCAUGGUGCAAGUCGCUGUACGAGGUGUUGAAUACCUUUUCCACGUCACAUAUGGGGAGACAGUUUGGAGCAAUUUGGCAACACUGACGAGGUAGCCAUCAAUGCUGAUCUCUGAAGACAUUGAUCUCCAAUGUUGCAAAUUUGUGCUGCUGCUGACUGCAACUGUCGUCCUUUGCAUGUCCAGGAUGGUGUCAUCAUGAAACUCUUCCUGGUAUCUGCUGAGCACACACAGAAAAUAAGGACGCAGUCCAGGAGGAAGA